UUUGCUGCCUGUUUAGCCUAGGCUUCCAUGAGUGUGAAGUAAGUGUGUUUGCUUGCGCUGAGUGAAAAACGUGCCAACAAAGAGAAAGUGCAAUUCCAGAGAGAAAGAGACAGACCUUGUCCUGGAGCAUUCGCCCUGCCCUGCUGUGUCGCUCUUGGACACACUCAACUGUGCUCUAUCUGCCUAGCAAGAGUGACAUGGCUGCUGACCAGUAUAAGCUCUUACUUGAAGGCGCCCAACAGCUGGUGCUUGUCUGCACCAAAGGCGAGAAAUACCUCCUGGAAGAUGGCAUGCAACAUCUGGCUGUGCUGGAAAAUGCCAGUGUGGUGAUUGGCAAAGACGGCUGUAUAAAAGCUGCAGGAGAGACAGGUGCCAUUCGUAAGCAAUUUUCAGGAGCAUCUUUUGAACAUAUAAUUGAUUGUUCAGGAAAGUGCAUCUUACCAGGUCUCGUAGAUGCACACACACAUCCCGUAUGGGCUGGCGACCGAGUUCAUGAGUUUGCAAUGAAGCUGGCAGGAGCUUCCUAUAUGGAUAUUCAUCAAGCAGGAGGAGGGAUACAUUUCACUGUGGAACACACGCAGAAAGCCCUGGAAGAUGAGCUCUUCAAAAGUUUCAAACACCGGCUGCUACGCAUGAUCAGAGCAGGCACCACUUUGGUUGAAUGCAAAAGUGGAUAUGGUUUAAACCUAGAGACAGAAGUUAAGAUGCUCAGAGUGAUUGAACAGGCUAGGCAGGAGUUGGACAUCGGUAUUUCCUCUACUUACUGUGGAGCUCAUUCUGUUCCAAAGGGGAAAAGUGCCAUUGAAGCCACUGACGACAUUAUCAGCUUGCACCUUCCUAACCUGAAGGAACUUGACCGUAAUGGUGAAAUACAUAUUGACAAUAUAGAUGUUUUCUGUGAGAAGGGAGUCUUUGAUCUGAAUUGUACCAGAAGAAUUCUUCAGGCUGGGAAAGAUAUAGGGUUACAGAUCAACUUCCAUGGUGAUGAACUCCACCCAAUGAAAUGUGCUGAGCUUGGAGCUGAACUGGGAGCUCAAGCUAUAAGUCACCUAGAAGAAAUCAGUGAUGAAGGUAUUACUGCAAUGGCCCAGGCAAAGUGUGCAGCUGUCCUAUUACCAACCACUGCCUACAUACUGAGAUUAAAACAGCCUCAAGCUAGAAAAAUAUUAAAAGAAGGAGUAAUUGUUGCUCUUGGCAGCGAUUUUAAUCCUAAUGCCUAUUGCUGUUCAAUGCUCAUGGUUAUGCAUCUGGCCUGUGUCAACAUGAAAAUGUCCAUGAAGGAGGCUUUAGCUGCUGCCACCAUUAAUGCGGCUUAUGCUCUUGGGAGAUCAAACACACAUGGCUCCAUAGAGACUGGCAAACAAGGGGACUUCGUUAUCAUCAACUCACCAAGAUGGGAACACUUGAUUUACCAGUUUGGCAGCCAUCAAGAACUGAUUGAGUACGUAAUUAUUAAAGGAAAUGUUGUCUAUAAAAAUGACAGCAUCUUGGACUACUAAGAAGUUCCAGUAAGAGUAAAUACAGCAGUUACCAGACCCUCACACUGGACAAUAAUUUCUUUAUAAACACUGCAGGCCACUUCCUUACUGGCUGAAGCUUAAGCAUUUCACUGCUUUUUAUUUUCCUUUUUCCUAUGUAUUUGCAUGAAGAACACUAGACUAUCUUUAUCUGCCUCAUAUUUCAGGGCCAACUAUGAAAUAAACCAGCAUAUAUGCAAA